ACGUUCUUUUUUUCCCAUAAUCUUUCAAAACCAUGCAGCAAAAACAAGUGCUUCAGCUUCAUUUCCUAUUUGCCUGUUUUUCCUCCUGUGCGCUAAUAAUCUUGACAUUAGCCACCGCUCAAACUACCACUAACACCACCUCUCAACCCAACAAUUACAACAUAACAAAAGACCGCAAUAUCACGAAACCAGGAUGCCCAAAACAGUGUGGAAAUCUUACAGUUCCAUACCCAUUUGGGAUUGGCAUAGGAUCUGGUUGUGCCAUAAACCCGAGUUUCGAGGUCAACUGUAACACUUCAACAGGUUCUCCAACAUUCCUCACAACCGGUGUCAAGGUCCACGACAUCUCCGACACUGAAAUUCGCUUGUUCAAUAUCUUAGCAGAGAAAUGUUACACACCCACAGGACGUCUGACUCGGGAUUAUCUGCUAUCGGCCGAUUUAGGAACUGAUAAUCCUUACAGUUUCUCUACCCUUAACAGAUUCACUGUUGUUGGUUGCGAUGCUACUGGUGUAAUGGUUGGGGGUGAAUUCAUGAAUGGCUGCCUCAGCUUCUGUCCGAACUCGACUGACGUGGUCGAUGGUACAUGUAUGUCCGCCGGUUGCUGCCAAAUACCGAUACCAAAGGGCUUGAGACACUUCAAUACAUCAUUGGGAAGCCCGAAAAACCACACACAAGUAUGGUCGUUCAAUCCAUGUAGCCAUGCGUUUCUUGGUGAGGCAAGCCGCUUCCAAUUCCUGGGCAUGCAGGAUCUAAAAGAUCGUAUCAGUUUGGUAGAUAGGAUUGUGACUAGUGUGCCCCUCGUACUAGAUUGGGCCAUUGGAAAUCUUACUUGUGUUGGAUCACAAAAACGUAACGAUUAUGCUUGCCGAGAUAAUAGCCAGUGUGUUGAUUCUGACACUGGCAUAGGUGGUUAUCGGUGUAUCUGUAACCCGGGAUAUGAAGGCAAUCCUUACAUUGGCUGUCAAGAUAUUGAUGAAUGUGCAGAUCCAAAAACCAAUUUGUGUGAAAAAAUUUGCAUAAACACGCACGGGAGUUACACUUGUUCUUGUCCGGAAGGACAUGCCGGCAAUGGAAAGAAGAAUGGUAGUGGUUGUAUAGCACUAAACUCUGAGUUUCCAUGGAUCAAGUUUUCUGUUGGUGUAGGAGUUGGUUUUAUGUCCCUAGUGGUUGCGGCGACUUGGCUCUAUUUUAGCGUCAAGAAACGAAAACUCAUUAAGCUUAGGGAGAAGUUCUUCCAACAGAAUGGUGGUUUGCUCUUGAAACAACGAAUCUCCUCUAACGAGGGUGGUGUGGAAGCAACCAAAAUUUUUACAGCUGAGGAGUUGAAGAAGGCUACAAACAACUAUGCCAGUAAUAGAAUUCUUGGUCGUGGUGGAAAUGGGAUUGUAUAUAAAGGUGUUCUACCUGAUAAUCGCAUAAUUGCAAUUAAAAAGUCUAAGUUUGUGGACGAGGAUCAAGUUGAACAGUUCAUCAAUGAGGUACUUAUUCUAACUCAAGUCAACCACAGAAAUGUGGUGAGACUCUUUGGAUGUUGUUUGGAAGCUGAAGUUCCUUUACUAGUUUACGAAUACGUUUCUCAUGGAACUCUUUAUGAGCAUAUCCACAACCAAAAUGGAGCACAUUGGUUAUCUUUGCAAAAUCGGUUAAGAAUUGCUACAGAGACUGCAAGUUCGCUUGCUUACCUUCAUUCAUCUGCAUCGAUGCCUAUAAUUCAUAGAGAUGUCAAAUCUACCAACAUAUUAUUGGAUGAUAUUUACACAGCAAAAGUUGCAGAUUUCGGAGCUUCAAGAUUAAUCCCUCUUGAUCAAACACAUAUUGAUACAUUGGUUCAAGGAACACUAGGGUAUUUGGAUCCUGAAUAUUUCCGCACAAGUCAAUUGACAGAAAAAAGCGACGUUUAUAGUUUCGGAGUCGUUUUUGCAGAACUUUUGACAGGGAUGAAACCUAUUUCAAGGAACAAUGACGAGGACAAAAACUUGGCAGAGUAUUUUAUUCUGUCCAUGGAAAAGAAUCAAUUGUUUCAAAUUCUUGAUCGCAGAGUGGUAAAGGAAGGAAGUCUUGAGCAACUUCAGAAGAUAGCUGAGCUUGUGAAGAGUUGUCUUAGUUUGCAUGGAGAAGACAGACCUACGAUGAUGGAAGUGGCAAUGGAACUUGAAAGUUUAAAGAAGUUCGCAAAAAAUAACCCUUGGCCUAACGGACAUCGAAAUGAAGAUAAUGAAGAUGAAUUAUCAGAUCUUUACGCAGUUCCACUUGAAUCUAAUACAGGUAUCAAUAAGUUUUCUGGACAAUACAGCUCCAACGACAACACAAAUAGCAGCAUCUUUUCUGGACAGGAUAGUUCGAACAAUUCCUCAUUAAAUAUACAAAACAAAUAUUCCACGGCGAUCUUAAUUAUAAUACGGAAGGCCAAUAUGAUGAUUGAUGAAAAUUUUAUACAUUUGUAAGUUCUUAAUUUCCUUUCAGUCUUUCUUCCAUAUUGAAUUUUCUGAUGUAGUUUAUUGUUUUUAAUUCGAUUUGUAUUUUUUUAUGUUU